UACCUCGGUGGCUCACCCAGCUUUCAAGAGCUUGGAGGCUUGGACGUAUACUUUUAGCCUUGAUAGUAGUAACACUCGGAGGCAGGGAGGACUAAACGUAGCCUCGCAGUCUGAUUCACAAAAGUAGGAGUUCAAAGGUUAUGUUUACAUUACGUUUGAGGCCUUGUUCGGGAUUUUGUUUUGAAGAGCGAAGUCGACAAUGAGCAGUAGACGCGGGAAAGUUUACAAACUUUUUUUUUUUGUCUUCGACAGUUGUUUGUUGUCAUAGUGAGCGCAUAACAACAAACAGAACCAACGCACUACAAAAUGUUACUAAGAUUAAUUUAAUAUGAAAUUAAAUUAACUAUGAGUGUAUCAAACAAAUUCGUGUACGCUAAAAUAAUCAGGGUGGUCAGUGUAUUAAUUAUUGUGUAUAACAGUGUAAUAGGGUUCAAUGUAGAUACAGAAAGUGCACUUGUUUUCAAAGGACCUAAAAACAGCUACUUUGGAUAUUCUGUGGCUAUACUGGCUAAUUCGCAAGGAACAUGGUUGCUGGCUGGUGCACCGCGAGCCAAUGAUUCAUCUCUUAAUGAUGUUCAUGAGCCAGGCGCUGUUUUUCAAUGUAAUUGGCAGUACAGGAGCAGUUGCCAACCUGUUUAUGUUGACAGUAUUGGAAAUGAGAAACAAACUCUACCAAAAUGGAAGAAUACAAGUGUUCAUCACUUAAAGGAUAAUCAGUGGCUUGGAACAUCAAUCGAUGUUAAUGUCAAUGGAGAUUUUAAAGUUAUGAUAUGUGCUCCAAGGUGGAUUAAUCAAAAGUACUCUGUCCAAGGCUUUCAUUUCAUGAAUGGCAUUUGUUAUGAAGCUGAUAAGGAAUUACAUUUUGAUGAUACCAGUGUCCGACCAGUGUUGGAACAUUUUAAAAAACAAGUUCAUUCAUCCGGUGCAUAUCAAAUAUAUGGUAUGGGAGGUAUGGGAAUGUCAGCAGUAUAUUCCAAGGAUGGUUCUUAUGCUUUCAUAGGAGCACCAGGCAUCAAUGACUGGGCAGGUGGAUAUGUUCAAAUUGACAGGCAAUAUACUACAAAACCACAAAUUAGGGAGAUGUCUUAUGAGAUGGAUAAAGAUUCAUACUUUGGCAUGUCUAUGACAACUGCUAAACUCUCUACUGAAGAUAUGUUUAUCCUCAUUGGUGGACCCAGAGCUGGUGGCUAUGGUAAAGUAUAUGCCUAUAGCUACAAUUAUAAACUUAUUUUGGUCAAGGAAGGUGAUCAGCUUGGAAGCAUGUUUGGAUCAUCAUUAUGCGCUGCUGAUGUCAAUGGUGACAAGUUGGAUGACCUUAUUGUGGGUGCUCCUUUUUACUCUGACCAGCAAGAUGAGGGCAGAGUUUAUGUUUUCAUAAAUAGAGAAUUUUUUAAUUUAGAGCUUGACAAAAAUCUUCUUGCUGGUUCCAAUACUGUAGGUAGCAGAUUUGGUACAUCAGUGGCUAAUUUAGGGGACUUGAAUUUGGAUAGAUUUGAAGAUAUUGCUGUUGGUGCUCCUUAUGAGGAAGAGUCUGGUGUUGUUUACAUUUACAAUGGAGCUAAAAGUGGAUUAAAUUUCAAACCAUCACAGAGGAUUGUGGGUAAAACCAUAGCCAGUGACCUCAAAACAUUUGGGUGGUCGUUUUCUAGACCUUGGGAUGUUGAUAGCAAUCACUAUGCAGACUUUGCUGUUGGUGCUUAUGAAUCCAGUAAAGUUGUCUUGCUUAGAACAAGGUCGGUGGUGGAUCUGAAUGCUACUCUUGAAUUGUCUUCUACCAUAAUUGAUCGUAAUAGUAAACCUAAUUGCAUACAUCAAGGCAAAGCUUAUCGUUGUAUUGAAGUUACUGUAUGUCUUCAGUAUUCUGGGAGAAAUCUUCCCCCAUCUUCAGAUGUAAAUGUGACUCUUAAGCUAGACACCCUAGAACGUCAUAGAGGAGAGAGAUCAAGAUUGUUCAUGCAGGGUCCAGGAUUUACAGAGAUUGAAACAUUCACUGAUAUUAUCACUAUACGAUUAGACAAACGAUUGUGUCCUAAGAAAUACAUCAUUUACACACGAGAAAGCAGAGAUGUCUUUACACCUUUGAGAAUAGAUCUUGAUUAUGAUAUUGCUUCUAGCUCUAUUGGAAUAGCAAGUUUAUGCACCAUUUGUCCUAUUAAAAAUAUUUACAAUCCUACAAAUGCUUUUGCCAUGGCUUAUUACUCUUUGGAAUGCAAGGGAGACCAUAGUUGCCUAUCAGAUUUCACAGUGAUGGCCAAUCCAGUCUUCAAGAAUGGGGAACAAAAAAUGGUUAUAGAUAAUUCUCCUUACUUUGACCUGGAGCUGACUCUCACCAACAACGGGGAAAUCUCUUAUCUUACCAUGCUGGUUAUUGACUAUCCACUUUAUCUUCACUACACAAAUACACGAGUGGUCGUCGGUGGAUGGGCUGCAACCUGUUUGUCUAGCUACAGUACCAGCUCUACACCAUUAAACACUGUCAGCUGUGAUAUUUUAAACCCUGUCAAGCAUCUUGAUGAGGUUGUAUUAAGCACCAGAUUUUAUGCUCACAGCUUACCUUAUGGUAUCAACAGCUUGAACAUCAAUGUCAGUGUCAUAACAGUGAAUCGUAGAAUAGGACAAACAAUAGUACAGAAGAGUAUUAACGUCACCAUUCCAGUUCAUAUAGCGUCUGAGAUGGAAAUUACAGGGUCAUCUGUGCCAGGACAACUUCAGAUCUCUAUGCUGCAUCAAUCUCUGACCAGCUGGGAGACUCUGUCCCACGUUUAUGUUCUCAGCAACCAUGGACCAAGCCCAAUGUCACACAGUCAGCUAAUAUUUCAAGUGCCUACCAAUCACUGGUUGAAGAUUGUUGAUGUUAAGGUUGAAACCAAAUCAUCAAGAGAUGAUUCACAAAUUCCUGUUGAAUGUAACUUGUUAGAGCACACUAGUGAAACAAAUGUAACUUAUUCCUACAGUGAGGGAGCCAUCUUGAAUGCUUUUUUGAAAUGUGAGCCUCCAUCUUGCUCCAACGUAACAUGUUAUGUUGGCACCAUGUAUACACAUCAGCAAAUCUAUAUCACUGUUAGCCUUUCACUGAGAAGUGAUGCGCUACUGGUGGCUAAGAUUGAUAACUUUGGCCUGGUUACUUCUUGUCAACUUCAAGAGCCCAGCUAUACAUCUUAUACUUCACUUACGUCAAUAUUUAAUGUUACUACUAUGACAUACAUUGGUUACAAGUCACCAUUGAGUCAAGCCAUGAGUUGGUGGGCUUUAAUUAUUAGUGCUGCCAGUGGAAUUCUAAUACUUUAUAUUCUGGUUGUGCUGUUAUGGAAAUGCGGCUUCUUUAAAAGAAAGAAGAAGGAAGAAUUACAAAAGCUAAUUCAGUACUUUGAAUUUGAAAGAGAGAUCCAGUCUGAUAGUGGAAGUGCUCGUUCCAGUGAUUUAAUGGUUCUCCCACCAGGACUAAUUUCUCUUAGCACAUCAGACCAUAGCUUUCAUCACUCAGAGAGCCCAUUAUAUCCCCCAUCACCUGAUGGUCAGAUAGGACCCUUCAGUUACAGAGAUAAUUACUUUUUCAGCCAUAGUCUGAAUAGGCGGCAGAAUGCUGAUGAGCAAGCAGUGACUUUCCACACCCUUCAGUACCAUAACAAUAACAAACCACUUUUACAGAGGCCCCGAAAUCAUCAUCGCAGUAGAGAUGGGUCUCAUAACUCCCAUAGAAAACUAGCACCAAAGCACAGUAUCCAACAGAGGCAGAACAUUUGGCUGCCUCCACAAGCCUCCCCUCCACCUGCUCCCCCACCUUCCUUCAAUAAUGAACUUUACUUGGAGCCGCUAGAAUCCAGAGCCUGAUAACAAAUUUACACUUUUUAUGUUACCUGAAUUCCAGUCAGUAAUUGGCUCAAAAUGUUUCUGCUUAGCAUGAACCAAGUACAAAACAUGUAAAUAUGAACAAAAUAUUUUUAAAAUAAUAAAUAAUCAAGUAUUUCUUUUUUAAUACAAUAAUUUACUAAUAGGCUAAACAUUCAGAGUCAAAUAUAACUACAUAGAGUUACGUUAUACUAUGAACUAAAAUUAAUGUUUUAUUGCAGUGUCUUUUUCAUAUUUGUAAAUUUUGGUUCAGUGCUUAUAGACACUUCAAGACAGAAGACUAAAAAGUAAAGUAGCCAUAAUUAAAUUGAAUUAAGGCAAAGUCUUUGAAUCCAGAGAUUAAGAAUGAGUGCAGCACUUCACAGAGUAGUUGCAUAUUUUGACACAUCUAAUGCAGACUAAUCCACUGUCUGUGGGGGUCUACUUAAGUUGUUUUUUUUUUUUUUGCUGUCUGUGCCUACCUUUGGCAGUAAAACAUAAAACACUAAACCAUAACUUACAAAUACAAAAACUCAAUCUAAUAAAAUAUUCUGAAAGACAUAAUGAUAAAGGCCACAUUUCUUAAUCCAUUUGCUUGAACUAAUUCAUUCCUUCUUCACUCCUGCCAUUAGAACAUGGAAUUGGUUAUAAAAAAUGUUUUACUUGUUUUGGAUAUUCCUUCAGAGUUGAAGGUAAUAUACUUCCUGGUCCAAUCCUCCUGCAAGAUGUCGAGGGAUGGUGGCGGGCAGGGAAUAAACUCUGGACCAUUGAGACUGCUGAACAACAGUCUAGCACGCAUCUCACACAGCCAGUUUAAGUCUCUAAUUAACAUGCACAACUAGAUUAAAGAUACUCGUAGGAGGUAAUUAUCUUCUGCUUCUGUUUUGAAGAAACAUCUGUAAUUUAAAAGACAAGAUGUUGUUUCUAAUUUACUUUCUUAGUCCUCUUUCUUGGAGUGUUUCCAAGUUAGACGACAACUAUUGGUGUUACUCUAGUCAGAUGUGAAUAUUCAUUUAUUAAACCUCAUGGUUAUGUUGAUUUUUGUUUUUUUUUAAAUUUAGAUUGAGUGGUCCAAAAGAGAGUACACAUAUUCUAAUAUUAUAAUCAAGGUUAAAAGCAUUUUUGUUUUAUGUUCUUUAAUGUUUCUUUCAUAUUUUGCAAUAACUAUGGUCCUAAGAUUGGAGCUCAUGUCUUAAUAAUGCAAACUUCUACUUCAUGGAAGUUGCUGAGCGGAAUCUACAAUGGUUCAAGUUACAAAUGAGCAUUAAAAUUGUCUUUCACAUUUUUUUUUCAUAGAAAGUGUGAAGAUUUUGUACUAACGUGAGACCUUAAAGUAAAAUGAAAACAACUGAUGUGCUGAAACCACAUUGAAAACAGCUUAUGCUGCCAGAAGUGGCCUACACUAAAAUAAGUCCAUAAUUUACUAACUCAUAUUGUUAUGGGCAACUCUGUAUUAUAAUAUAAAUAUGUGUUGAUGUCAAUAAGUAUUCCUAUUUGGAAAAAAACAACAACAUGAAAAUAAAAAAUUGCUUGCUUUUGAUUUAGACAUAUAUUCUUAUUGUGUACAACUUUUAUCAAAAUGCCUUAUGUUUCAUCAUUAAAUUAUGUGAUUUAUAUUUAAUUUAAUAUGACAAUUAAUGUAAUACUAUCUUAUUUUACUUUUUUUUUAAAAUUUACUUUUGAAAGAAUUUUUUGGAAAAAAAACCCAAACCAUUCGAUUGGCAGAUCUCAGCAUUAUUAUUUUUUUUAACUUAAACUAAAAUUCUCAAUGAUCAUUAUUUUGUACUUUUGUUUUGCUUGAAGCAUGAAAUGAUAUUUGCUCAGUUCACCCUAGUUUGUGCUACACAAAAAUUAAAUCAUUACCAUUAUAAUUUUUAAAUUUUACACUUGAAUAAAAUGUGUAUAAAAUCUUUUUUUUUUUCUGAUGACCAAAAGUUACAUUUGCUUCAUUAUAUUAUAUGUGUUUGCUUGACUGCUAUAUUAUGUGUUAAACUUUGCUUUUUGAAUUUGAAGUCCUUAAUUGUUGUUAGAACAAUUUUCUUUUUGCAAUAUACAAUGUGAUAUUGAUAUCCCAGUGUUCAUACUCAUUAUCUAAAGACUGUAUCAAUGUUCUUCAGGUAACAAAUAAAGGCACUUGCAUCCACAGCUCUUUCGUAUCAGUUGUUAUCAUUUAUUUUAAAGCUUUUAUUAACGCUCUCUGUCUGUCUGGUAAAAUGUUUUUUCUCCUAUACCCAAAUCUCGGAUCAAGUUGAAAUUUUGCACAAUUACUUCUAAAACCAGAUAAAACAAGAAUCAACAAAGAAAAUUACAUUAUUAACUAUUGGUAAUUAAUUAUUUUGUUUGGUAUAGAACAAGGGAAAGAACUUGUACUUAAAAGAUGUGGUGGUAUAAGUUGAAAAAGUCCCCUUGAGAAGGCUUGAGACCUGAAUUCGAAUUUAAGUCAUAAAACUUUUUUUUUAAUGCUUUUAAAAAGCAAUCAUGGAAACAUUCACACACACACCCCCUUCUCCCCCUUACUUUUCCCAACUGGUGCAGACAAGUGAUAGUAUCAUAGGGCAUUGAUAAAGCUACAAGCAUGAUAUUGGCUAAACAAAAAAAAAGUUUUUUUUUAAUUUUUUCUUGUUUAAUGUUUAGUUUCUAUUUUACUAAGUAUAGAUUCUCAAAUUCUUUGAAUUUGUCUUGCUUUUAGGAACAUGUUCGCCACAUUCUAGUUUUACAGCUCUUUUAACAUAACUUUUUUUGUCUUGUCAUAAAUUAUACUUUUUGAUCCAUCAGACCCAUUAAGAAGGGCAAUAUUUGGGUAACUCCCAACUCUCCAAAUUAAUCUAUCCAGGCAGGCCCACCACCAAACAUUUUUGGACCUCAGACAACUCGGACCCUCUCCCCACAUGUUGAAACCCCUCAAAUAUGUAUAAAAGAUACAUUGCAAAAAAAAAAGGUAAGGGGCACCCAUUUCUGUUGGGGCUUAUGACACUUCAGCAUUAUUGUGAAGGUGAGCUUUGGAAAUAAAAUCCAGAUCUUUUGUAGAUGAAAGCUUUAUAAUAAUAUAAAAGAUAAUACUGAGUACUUUAUUUUUAAUACAUUUCUUUAAUUAUGAUUAAAGAAUUUGAUGAAUCACUGUGAAUUUUGUUUUCAUCUAAAAAUAUAAGUUCUAAAUCUCUCUCUUUAUAAAUAUUUGUCUAUUUAAUUUUCUUUUGUCUCUCAAAGGGUAUAUUUCUCAGUGAAUUACAGCUGAAACAAAUUUAAAUUAAGGGAUGGGAUACUCUGAACUGCCAGAUUGUCUAUAUUUUAGAGAAGUUGAAUUGGUGUUUUUUGACAGUUGAAUUCAAUGCUUAUAAGUGUCAGUAAUUGUAGAAUGAAUUAUAAAUUAUAGACUAUCUGUGUUGUGAAUUAGAGCAUUUGGUUUAUUUUUAGCUUUUCAAAAAUUUAUUUUUUUUAGUGCAGCCUUAAUUUUUGUUUAAUUUUUUUUUUAAAGCUUAACAAAUAAAACUGCAUGUUUUUAUAUUAUUAUUUAUUUCUAAUAUGGUGGAUGAUAAGAAUGUUGUUUUAAUUUACAGUUGACUUGCACUUUCAGAAAAGUUAUAUAUGAAAUAUUGCCUUUUAAGUACUAUCAAUGUUUUUAUAUGGUUAAUGAAAAUUUCUAAUUGCUUAUAGUUUAUUCAAUUAUUUUGUUCAGCAUAAAAAAAAAUGUUCUGUUUUACUUAGCUUUUUAUGAUUAAUCAACAGAAACAUUAGUUUUUUGAAAUCAUGAGUUUACCAUUUAAACAAAAAAAGUCAACAAAGAUAUGAAUAAACAUUUAUAUAUAUAUAUAUUGUUGUAAUUGAAUUGAUAGGUGUGGUCAUGUAUUAACAGUUGACAUGCGACAGAGGCCAGCAUACUACUGGUGAUUAAGGGUGGCAAGAGAACUGACAUUUGGGAAAAUACUUUUUGUGAAUACAUGAAGUACAAAUAACUCAUGAUAUGACAAAGCAAUGUUUCUCUUCUCAUAUGUAACUGGCGAUAGGCUUGUUGUGUUUCUACAGGUUUUUAGAAGCUUUUUAACUGGACACUUUCAGUUCAGUAUUUGUACAGUCAGUGUUUCACUAUCAUUUUACAUUGUUUAGAUUAAAAAGUACCAUGAAACUUGAA